UAAUUAUAAGGAAAUACUGGGAAGUUAGCUAUUAAUAUUAUAUAUAUUAUAAAAUAAAAUGUUGAUGAAGCGACUCUGAUACGCACCAGUAAACCCUACUUUAUGACGUUGAUGCAACAGUCUAUCUGGGGACACUGCGGCCAUUGUUAUGUCAUAUGUGACGCAAUGGUGAGUAUAAAAGGGGACUGUAAUUGGAAUUUGUUUUAUUAGUAGCCAAGGAUCAAUCGAGUUAAUUGUUACUGGAGCUACGAGCGAGCGAAAUGUUGUGUUGCCCUUGUUUCCCCUUUAGGAAGCGCAAGAAAGUCCGUCCCGAGCCAGUGCCAGAGGCGGCGAUUCCCAGACCUCAGAGGGUCCGCCCCAUCCUCAGGAGGCUGAGGAAGUUCCUGAAAAGGGAACAAGCCCUUGUGGCAGAGGGCUCUGUACGGGAGGCCCAGACAACAGGGUCAGAGGUCACCCCUCACAUCCCCUCAGAGGUCUCGGACACUCUUAUUACACAUAGUCCAAAUGCCCUUCAAGAGACCGCGAAGGAGGAGACUAAGGUGAUCAAGGCCAUCCUCCAUGAGGACCCUGUUAAAAUGGAGGACCUCGAAAGAGAGGAGGACACCAACUUGUCUCCUGUGCCUGCAGUGCUUGGGCCCUCCUCCAGCUCCUUGGACCGCACUGUGACCCAUCUGAUGGGGCAAGAAGUUGCCAAGAGGGGAAGAUCAUCAAGGGACAGAAGCCCCUGUGCUUCAUUAACUGCCCCAGACAAUGUUGUUGCCCUCCUCCAACUUCAGCAGCUGAAGUGUAGAGGGCUGCCCAACCUGGGGCUGACCUGCUACCUGAACGCCACACUGCAGUGUCUGCUCCACCUGCAGCCUUUCUGCACUCAGCUGCUGGUGCAGGAGGAGGUGUGGAGGAUGGAGCCGGAGGCACUGCUGCUCAGUUCAUUUGUAGGACUGUUGCUCCUCAGAGGGUCCUGUGAAAUGGAUGUAAAGGCAGCUGUACUACUGGAGUUCAAGGACCAAAUCUCCCUGCACAACCAGGAGUUUCAGGGGAACUCACAGAACGACGCCCAUGAGUUCCUCUCAGAGUGUCUGAUGCGGCUAAGGGUCAUCGGCCAGGCACUGGCCAUGGGCGACAUGGCCUACCAGUGCCCAGUGGACACUCUGUUAUCCUUCCAGCUCCGGUAUAUAAGAACUUGCCAGAGCUGUGGAGUUGAGAGCACGAGGGAUGAGGUUAACACCAUGCUCUCCCUCGACCUGGUCGGACAGGGAUCAGUGAGAGACAGCCUCCAGCUCUUUUUCACUGAAUCAAAUGUGGAGUUCCGGUGUGAGUGCUGUGAGGGUCGGGGGUCAACCUUGAGGUGUAAUUUCCACACUCUCCCUCAGGUGUUGAUCCUCCACCUCAAGAGGUUCUGUCCCCUGACCCUCACCAAACAACACCAGGCGCUCACACUGGACCCCAUUCUGGACCUGAGGACACUAGGGGAAAGGACUGAAGAUGUCCCUAGGACGCCUCCUCCAAACAGAGCAGUGUCCAGCAUAGGUGGAGAGACAGGGACAGAGACCCUGGUGAGACACAGGGAGGGAGACUCAGUGGACAGUUUGUUUAAUGUGGCAAAUUAUUUACAUGCAUAAGGACAUAAAGGCUGUUUGAUCUUGUGGCAAUGAAUGCUAUGUGAAUGUGUGCCUUUUCUAAAUGUACAAGUAACUUAGGUAGGAGUUGGUGUAAUAGUGGGCGAGUUUGCAUCGUGAAUUAAUAAGAAACUGCAAAUUGUCCUUUCAGGAAGGAGAGGGACAUUAUUCCUUAAUUAAUGUCCUUAGCCACAUUGGCUCAGAUACCACCAGCGGCCACUACAUAGCCGACUGUGAGGAACAGCCAGGCCAGUGGGUCAAAUACAGUGACCACUCCGUCACGGUGGGAUCUGAGGAGGCCGUCCUCAAAGACAGGGAGAAGACGGCCUACAUACUUUUUUACAUCAAAAAGAAGUGUCCAGCAUAGGUGGAGAGACAGGGACAGAGACCCUGGUGAGAGACAGGACAGAGAAGAGACCCUGGCCACUACAAAGCCGACUGUGAGGAACAGCCAGGCCAGUGGGUCAAAUACAGUGACCACUCUGUCUCAGUGAGAUCUGAGGAGGCCCUCCUCAAAGACAGGGAGAAGACGGCCUACAUACUUUUUUACAUCAAAAAGGUAAUUUACACCAUCAGCCACAGCUGAACACUUACAUCUGUACACAACCUCUCCAGUAUCUUAGUAAUAAAUAAUGACCCUAUUUAAAACAUUCCCUUCCCAUGCAGGUGUAUAGUAUAUCACACACUGUUUUAAUGUCAGUUUAAUUUAACUGUUUUAAUGACACAUGGUAACUUGGAAACGGUUUCCUUCACACUCUUUUCACGGUGUGUUUUUUAUGUAAUUUUAGUGAGGCGGAUUACCCCCCUCCCCAACCCAUCUGCCUUGGUCUGCCCUCCCCCAUCAUCAUCAGGGGUAAAAGCUGUCAGCACCACUCCAGCAGGCUGGCAAGCAAUGGGUGACCCAUUCAUAAAGGUCAAGGUCAGAGCGUCCCUACCCAACGUGAAUGAUAUCUACCACAAGAGGGUGGAGUCGAGGGCAAGAAACAUCACCUGUUGCCGUCGGGUAGACGCCUACGCAGUCUAAACUCAAGGACUGAGAGACUUAGGAGGAGUUUUUACCCAUAGGCAGUGAGACACUUGAUCUCAAUUUUUUAAUUCAGCACCUUAUUUUUAUAUUUUAAUUUUUUAUUUAAUUUUUUGUA